AUGGCUUCGCUGUACCAGAGGUUCUCGGGCAAGAUCAACACCUCGCGCUCCUUCCCGGCGCCGCCGCCCGAGGCCAGCCGCCUCCUGGGCGGCCCGGGCCCCGAGGACGACGCCAAGCAGCCCGGCGGCGGCCCGCGGGCGCAGGCGGGCGCGGCGGCGGCGGCGGCGGUGGCGGCGCCCCGGGCGCGCGGCGCGGGCGGCCGGCCCCGCUUCCAGUACCAGGCGCGGAGCGACGGGGACGAGGAGGACGAGCUGGUGGGGAGCAACCCCCCACAGAGGAACUGGAAGGGCAUUGCCAUCGCCCUGCUGGUCAUCCUGGUCAUCUGUUCUCUGAUCGUCACCUCAGUCAUCCUGCUGACACCAGCGGAAGAUACUAGCCUGUCUCAGAAGAAGAAGGUCACCGUGGAAGAUCUUGGCAGCGAUGACUUUAAGAUCCACGACCCGGAGGCGAAGUGGAUAAGUGAUACAGAAUUCAUCUACAGAGAGCGGACGGGAACUGUCAUCCUGAGGAACGUUGAGACCAAUAACUCUACAGUGCUCAUAGAAGGCAAGAGAAUCGUAAGUUUGCUGGGAUUCCGUGACGCGGUGUUCGCUUUUGUUCUGUUUCAGAUCUACCGACACUCCUACACCGGGUUUUACGUCCUGAGCAAAAUUCCUCAUUGGGACCCUCAGAGUCUGGACCCACCGGAAGUCAGCAAUGCAAAGCUUCAGUAUGCGGGGUGGGGCCCCAAGGGACAGCAGCUGAUUUUCAUCUUCGAGAACAACAUCUACUACCGUGCACAUGUGGGGAAGCAGGCCAUCCGCGUGGUGUCCACGGGGAAGGAGGGCGUGAUCUACAACGGCCUCAGCGACUGGCUCUAUGAAGAGGAGAUCCUGAACACCCACAUUGCGCACUGGUGGUCUCCGGAUGGCACGCGGCUGGCCUACGCCACCAUCAACGACUCCCGCGUGCCCGUCAUGGAACUCCCGACCUACACGGGCUCCCUCUACCCCUCCGUGAAGCCCUACCACUACCCCAAGGCCGGCAGUGAAAACCCCAGCAUCUCCCUGCACGUCAUCGGCCUGAACGGGCCCACUCACGACCUGGAGAUGAUGCCCCCGGAUGACCCCCGCAUGAGGGAGUACUACAUCACCAUGGUGAAGUGGGCCACCAGCACCAAGGUGGCCGUGACCUGGCUGAACCGGGCGCAGAACGUGUCCAUCCUGACCCUCUGCGACGCCACCACGGGCGUCUGCACCAAGAAACACGAGGACGAAAGCGAAGCCUGGCUCCACAGACAGAACGAGGAGCCGGUGUUCUCCAGGGACGGCCGCAAGUUCUUCUUCAUCAGGGCCAUCCCGCAGGGGGGCCGGGGGAAGUUCUUCCACAUCACCGUGUCCUCCUCCCAGCCCAACAGCAGCAACGACAACAUCCAGUCCAUCACCUCGGGGGACUGGGACGUGACGCGGAUCCUGUCCUACGACGAGAAGAGAAGCAAGAUCUAUUUCCUGAGCACGGAGGACCUGCCCCGGAGGCGGCAGCUCUACAGCGCCGACACGGUGGGCAACUUCAACCGGCAGUGCCUGUCCUGCGACCUGGUGGAGAACUGCACCUACUUCAGCGCCGCCUUCAGCCGCAGCGCCGACUUCUUCCUGCUCACCUGCGAGGGUCCGGGCGUACCCCGAGUGACUGUGCACAACACCACGGAUAAGAAAAAGCUCUUCGACCUGGAAACCAAUGAGCACGUCCAGAAGGCCAUCAGUGACCGGCAGAUGCCCAAGAUCGAGUACAAGAAAAUCGAGGUCGACGAUUACAGCCUGCCCAUGCAGAUCCUGAAGCCGGCCACCUUCACGGACACCACCCACUACCCGCUGCUCCUGGUGGUGGACGGCACCCCGGGGAGCCAGAGCGUGGCCGAGCGGUUCCAGGUGAGCUGGGAAACGGCGCUGGUGAGCAGCCACGGCGCGGUGGUGGUGAAGUGCGACGGCCGGGGCAGCGGCUUCCAGGGGACCAAGCUCCUGCACGAAGUGAGGCGGCGGCUGGGCGCCCUGGAGGAGCGGGACCAGCUGGAGGCCGUGCGGACCAUGCUGAAGGAGACGUACAUCGACAAGACGCUGGCUGUGUUUGGGAAGGAUUACGGCGGCUACCUGAGCACCUACAUCCUCCCGGCCAAGGGGGAAAACCAGGCCCAGCUGUUCACCUGCGGCGCGGCCGUCUCUCCCAUAACAGACUUCCAGCUCUACGCCUCGGCGUUCUCCGAGCGGUACCUGGGCCUCCACGGACUCGACAACAGGGCCUACGAGAUGACCAAGGUGGCCCACCGCGUGUCCGCGCUGGAGGAGCAGCAGUUCCUGCUCAUUCACGCCACCGCCGACGAAAAAAUCCAUUUCCAGCACACCGCCGAGCUCAUUACGCAGCUCAUCAAGGGGAAGGCCAAUUACAGCCUGCAGAUCUACCCCGACGAGGGCCACUACUUCCACAGCACUGCCCUCCAGCAGCACCUGCACCGCGCCGUCGUCAACUUCUUCGUGGAGUGCUUCAGCGUGCAGGACAAGCUGCCCGCCGCCGCCGCGAAAGAGGAGGAGGAGGAGGACUAGG